GUAAAGUAUCUUCCUAUAUUUCCCUAAGAUUAUGGAACACGAUUCAACUUACCCUACAGCAGUAUUUUGUAUUAUUGCCACGGAAUUUUGUGAAAGAUUUUCAUUUUGUGGCUUAAGAACAAUUCUGUCUUUAUAUUUAAGAAACAUUCUCUUAUUUUCUGAAAAUGCUGCUACUGUUAUCUACCAUAUAUUUAUUAUGGUAUGUUAUAUUAUUCCAAUGGUUGGAGCAUUCUGUGCAGACAUAUAUUUUGGUCGAUACAGAACAAUCAGAAAUUUUGCAAUAAUCUACCUAAUUGGAAAUAUACUGAUGUGCGUUGCAGCUGUUCCGACUAUUGGUGUAUCUCCCACUUUGUUUUCAGCUAUCGGUUUAAGCCUCAUAGCAAUCGGAACGGGCGGUAUAAAACCGUGCGUAGCAGCUUUCGGGGCCGAGCAAUUCACUUUGCCGGCCCAAAAAGAUAUGCUCAUGCAUUUCUUUUCCAUAUUUUACUUCACAAUAAAUUUGGGAGGCUUCGUCGGUAUGACGUUGACACCGAUAAUGAAAAAAGCCGUCACUUGUUUCGGAGAAGACACUUGUUACGCUUUGGGAUUUGGAUUUCCAGCUGCGCUCAUGUUGAUGGCCAUAUUGCUUUUUGUAAUGGGAAAAAGUUUCUACAAACUCAAGUCGCCCAAACGGAACGUACUGAUUGAAUUUUUUAAAUGCGGUUGGUAUGCUUUAGCAACCAAAUUUAAAGAACGGACCAGAUCCGAUCAUUGGCUAGACAAGGCGAAAGGGAAGUUCAAUACGAAAUUGAUCGAGGAUAUGAAGGUGGUUUGCGCCAUUUUGUUGCUGUACACUCCGUUGCCUAUCUUUUGGUCGUUAUUCGAUCAACAGGGUUCUAGGUGGACUUUUCAGGCAUCACAUAUGAAUGGAAAUAUAAUGGGCGCUCAAAUAACACCAGACCAAAUGCAAGUGGUCAAUCCCGUGAUGGUAUUAAUUAUUAUCCCGAUAUUCGAUCGAAUUUUCUAUCCAUGUUUCUCGAAAUAUAACAUCCUGGAGAAUUCCCUACACCGCAUGGCAUUAGGUGGUAUAAUAGCCGGAAUGGCAUUUCUAUCAGCUGGACUAUUGGAAUUAGUAUUGGAAACUACCUAUCCGGAACUUCCUGAUAAAAACCAUGCUUCCGUUAACAUAAUCAACACAUUGCCAUGCAACUUAAGGCUUUACAAUCCUUUCAAUGGCGUCCAAAUCAUUAAUGCAAGUGAACUUUUUCGCUUUAAGAACGUUGUCACGCACAAUUAUUCCACGUUUUCUUUAAGGGUUGAAGCACCCUAUUAUUGUGGCGAUUGUUACUUCAGCAAACACACCUUUGAUAUUAAUAUAUUAUCAGUGGAGCAUCAGAUCGAUUCGAUACUAAUUGGAACAAAUGAACAUGAUGCGAUUAAGUCGUUCAUAACGGAUCCAGUCGAUUUUAAAAAAUCGUUAACAGGUGCUCCUAGGGUUAGAAUUGUUUACAUUAAGAAUUCAUAUUAUUUUCACAAUAUUACUGUUAGUUUAAGAAGUACUACGGGGUUAGAAGAUAUUUAUUUCGUUCCUGAUUCCAAUCAUUCGGAUAUAGCAGUUUCAGAAUAUUUAGAGGUGCCGCAAGGAAUAUACGAAUGCUUUAUAAGGAGUAAAGAAAAUCAACAUUUGUAUGAAAAACAUUUCAAUUUAGCAGCCGGAGGUGUAUAUUCGUUAGCGAUAAGAGAAAACAGGAACGAGAUUGUGUUUGUCAAAUUAUUCACAAUGUCGGUUCCAAAUACUGUGAACAUAUUAUGGCAGACACCUCAGUAUUUUCUGAUAUCUAUAGCUGAAAUUAUGUUUGGCGUAGCUGGUUUGGAAUUUUCUUUUACACAAGCACCGAAAAGUAUGAAAACAGUCACAAUAGCUGGAUGGUAUCUAUCUGUUGCAGUUGGCAAUCUUUUAGUAAUAAUAAUUACCCAACUGAAUAUGUUCAAAAGUCAGGCCCAUGAAUUUUUCCUGUUCGCGAUUCUCAUUGUAGCGGACAUGAUGCUUUUUAUGGAAAUGGCAUCCGAUUACAAAUUCGUGAAAGUAAAGGAGUCAUCGACGACCGUAACAAGUGGAUUCGCAACGGAAGAGAUAACUCCAUUUAUCGAAACUAAUGAUUCCAAUGAAAACACUUUUUACGAUUGA